AUGUCUCAUAUUGUUUACCACUUUUAUGAAAUUCAAUUUAAGGAACAUCCCUCCCUGAAACCUUUUGAUUUACCAAUUGUAAUAACCAAAUUCUACCAGCACAUACUUGCCUUGGCCUUUGCUGUGAAGGAGAUCAAUGAGGACCUGCAAAUCUUACCUAAUGUCACCUUCGGGUUCCACAUCUAUGACAGUUACUACAAUCCAAGGAUGACCUAUCGCACCACUCUGGACCUGCUUUUCAAAUCCCAGGAAUUUUAUCCUAACUACAAAUGUGAUAGCCAGAAGACUCUCAUGGCAAUCAUUGGAGGGUUAAGUUCUGAUACUUCAUCUUAUAUAGAUGAAAUUGUAGGUUUGUUCAAGAUUCCACAGCUCACAUAUGGCUCAUUAGGCAAAGAGAAAUUUCAGACCAGUAAGCAAUUUUAUUUCAUGGUCCCCAAAGAGGACCAUCAGUACAUUGGGAUUAUCCAACUGCUUCGUCAUUUCAGCUGGACAUGGAUUGGGAUUUUUGCUGUAGAUAACAACAAUGGAGAAUAUUUUUUACAGAAAAUGGAGCCCUUACUUUCACAGAAUGGCAUCUGCUCCUCGUUCAUUCAAAGGCUUCCACAACUCAUCAACCUGGCAGACUACAAAGAUCUUUAUCACCAAUUUUCUUGUAUUUCCAUUAAUUUGAUGAAUAGCAAAGCCAACGCAUUGCUUGUCUAUGGAGAAUCAUUGGCAAUAAUGACUCUCAGAGGUGUCACAUUUUUGGCAGAUUCUGAAAAUAAGAAAACUGCAUUACUUGGAAAGAUGUGGAUCAUGACUGCACAGAUUGAUUUUGCACUAUCAGGCAUUCAAAUCACAUGGGAUCUCCAGAUGUUCUAUGGGGCUAUUUCCUUCACUGUUCAUUCAGGAGCAGUUGCAGGUUUCAAAGAAUUCCUUCAGACCAUAAAACCAUAUUCAGUCUACAGAGAUGAGUUUCUGCAUGAUGUUUGGGAACAAUCAUUUGAUUGUUCAUUUCCAAAACCAGAGUUACAUGAAAUACACAGUAGGAAAUGCAAUGGGGAGAUGAAGCUGGAGGAUCUUCCUGGGCCUGUGUUUGAAAUGGAAAUGACUGGCCAAAGCUAUAGUAUCUACAAUGCCGUUUAUUCUGUGGCUCAUGCUUUGCAGGCUCUACUCAUUUUGAGGUUCACAAAGAAAAACACCAUGAUGGAUAAAAAACUUGAUCUUCCAGAUCUGCAGUCUUGGCAGGUACUUCCAAUUUCUCUGUGUAAUGAUCCUUGUUCCCCUGGAAAUUGGAAGAAAGGGACAGAAGAAAAAGAAUUCUGUUGCUAUGACUGUGUUCCAUGCCCAGAAGGAAAGAUUACAAAUCAAAAUGAUAUGGAAGAUUGUUUUGAAUGUGCAGAAGAUCAUUACCCAAAUAAAGAAAAAAACAGAUGCAUCCUAAAAUCAGUGGCCUUUCUAACUUUUGAAGAAAACUUAGGAAUUGGUUUAGCCUCAACUGCUCUUUGUUUCUUCUUCUUGACCUCUUGGGUUCUUGGAACUUUUAUUAAGUACAGGGACACUCCUAUUGUCAAAGCCAACAAUCGGUCCCUCACCUACACCUUACUUGUCUCUCUUCUACUUUGUUUUCUCUCCUCUUUGUUCUUCCUCAGCCAACCUGGCAAAAUGACCUGCCUUCUCCGGCAAUCAACCUUUGGAAUCACGUUCUCAGUGGCUAUUUCUAGUGUGCUGUCCAAAACCAUCACUGUGGUUGUUGCUUUCAUGGCCACUAAACCAGGAUCUCAGAUGAGACGAUGGAUGGGGAAAAGAUUGGCCUUUUCUACUGUCUUUUCCUGUUCUCUCUUUCAAGUAUGUAUUUGUAUGCUUUGGUUGUCAAUAUCACCCCCAUUCCCUGAGUUAGACAUGCAGUCAGAAUCCCAAGAAAUUAUUUUACAAUGCAAUGAGGGGUCAGCUUUGUUCUUCUAUUGUGUGCUGGGAUAUAUGGGUAUCUUGGCUAUUGCCAGCUUUAUUGUGGCUUUUCUUGCCCGUACAUUACCUGACAGCUUCAAUGAAGCCAAGUUCAUCACAUUCAGCAUGUUAGCCUUUUGCAGUGUUUGGGUGUCCUUCUUUCCAGCCUAUUUGAGCACAAAAGGAAGAGCCAUGGUAGCUGUGGAGAUCUUCUCCAUCUUGUCCUCUAGUGCUGCAUUACUGGGAUGCAUAUUUUUGCCAAAAUGCUACAUCAUUGUUUUACAGCCACAACUCAACCACCGGAAGCAACUCAUAAAGAAGAAUUAG